AUGAAGUUCUCGUCUGUCCUAUUUGUCCUUUCUACUCUCACAUUCUCUACUGCCUUGCCCGUGACACGACGCGGUUUCAUCAGUGGAUUGGCUGUUCGUGAGGGAAACUCUACUUUGGCAUUAUUUAGCAAUUCCACAUCCUCAUCGACAUCAUCAAUAUCUUCCAGUAGCGCAAAGCCAACCACAGAAAUCAACCUUGAAAGUCUGAAAGAGGAUGCUGCCGCAAAGAAAGCAACCAGCGGUAGCAAAGUAAAGUUACAGCAGCACAAGUUAAAUCAGCAGUAUCUGGAUUUGCCAACGAUGCCAACACCGUAUCAGCGGCCCUAAACAAACUUCCCAGUAUGACGGACAGAUCAGACAUCGCCUCGCUUGCCGGAAAAGCAUUCAAUGCAGAAUCAGACGAGGAUUCCCAGAGAUCUGUUCUAUUUGCCGCAGCAGGCAGUGCAGGUUCCUCCGCAAACAGCAAAAUCGUUAAGAACACUCCUGCAGUUCUCAAAGGCUUGAAGGCUAUUAUGGUAAAUCCAUCGAUUAUUUCUGUGAAGUAUAAUGUGGCUACUAUCGAAGCUGCCCGGUGAGCAUCUUCCACAUUGACUCAAACCUCGGUUCAUGAACUUAUGGAAAAUAGAAAUCCCAAUAUUCUACCUAGUAUCACACAACUCUCAAAUGCAGCAUUGAGUGCAAUGAAUUUAGCUCCAACAGCGCGGAAGUUCCCUGCUACUGGACAAUAUUAG